GGCGCUGCCGGGUGUCGGGGUGCAAUGCCGGGUGUCGGGGGGCGCUGCCGGGGGCGGGGGGUCCAGCCGGAGGAGGCCGCAGUUCCGCCCGGCGCCGCCCCCGGCUGGGCGGGGAUUGGCCGCGCCGGGCGCUGCCGGAGCCGGUGCGAGCGGCCCCGGGGCUGCAGCGGCCCCAGCGGGGGUCCCGGCCCCCGGCCCCCCGCCCGCCAUGCCCGCCGGCAGCAACGAGCCCGACGGGAUCCUCAGCUACCAGUCGCACCAAAGCUUCCCAGGGAAGAGUUUGCUGCUGCGCUGAGGCAGGUAAACCGAGGCAGGGCGCUCGGAAAUUCCUCUGUCUCCUGCUGGGACACAAAGAGAGAUAUGGCAGCAGAGGCGUAACCUGGAGAAGUUUUCUGGAGAUGGACGUGCUGGCCUUGUGGCUUCGCUGCAGCAUCCGCGCGCGCUGCUGCCCACCCGGGGGCGGGAGAAUUUGCUUUUCUAUUAAAUCCUUAACUCCUCCAGCAAUUUCCUCCUUGAAGUGUCCACUCCGAGUCCAUUCGAGUGGCUUGAGCGGGGACACUUCCCUUGGUGACGUCUCCGUGCGGGGGUUGCCGCGGUUUCGGGGAUCUGCGGUGGCGAUGGGGUGCUCGGAGCACCUUUCCGGAGCCGCCCGCUUGUCCUGUUUCUCUUGUUUUUCACGCCUGGAGCUUUAAUACUAAAUAAUCAAAAAGCAGCGGGACCGGGUUUGGCCGUGGCCGGGAUUCUCACCCGUGCGGCCCCGGUGUCGCCUUCCCUCGCCGCGUUGGUUUGCGCCCCGUGUCGUCUUUAGGGCAAACCGGGCUGUUAGGUGGAGGAAGAUCGUUAGAGCAAACGAAUUCAUGGGGUGGAAAUGAUGGAUUAGCUCAGCUUGGAAAAUAACAUACGGUGGAGCUGGAGACAGCGGGGGGAGCGAGGGGAGGGAAAAAUGUCGCCUAUCUGGACAUUUCCGUGCCGGGCAAGGGGGUUUUGAAGCACCAAAGGGCCGUGGCAAAGCCAGACUUACCCGAAACGCCGUGCAGGAAACGUUGGUGACAGCCAGCGCUGCCCCAAAAUGUGUGUUUCCCAGCGCUUUGCACCUUGGUUGUGUUUCACCACCGGUGCUUUUCAGCACACCCAAAUGGCUCCUGUGCCCCUGGCCCGGGCAGGAUGUGGCGCUGACCCCCUGUUUCUCUAUUCCGGGGGUUUUUUCCUCAAAACGGAGCCGUUUCUGCCCCGUGCACCGAGUGUUGGGAGCGGUGAGACCGUUGGGCUGCGUGGCGUUAAGUAACGGCCGUGCCGUGCCCAAGGUUCCGAGUCGGUUGGGUUUUGUGUACCCGGAGCCGGUGGCACCGGGCGCUGCUGCGCUCGCCGGGGCUGCCGGGUGCCCGGGGGGGUGUGUCCCCCCCGACUGAGCCAGAGCUUCAGUUGUCCCCAAAAAUCUGGUGACCGACGUGAGGAUGCGGCGGUGGAGUCACAGAGUGACCCUUCUGGAGGAGCUACAGAGGCCCGACGAAGAGGCCGUGAUCGACCAGGGGAGAACCAGCAACGUGGUCAAUAUCCACUAUGAGAAGGAGGAGCUGGAGGGUCACCGGACCCUGUACGUGGGCGUGCGGAUGCCGCUGGUGCGGCAGAGCCACCGGCACCACCGGCCCCACAGCCAGAAGCAUCGGAGACGGGAGCGGGAGAAGGAGCCGGGCCCGGCAGGGCAGGACCGCCAGUACACCCCGUCCCAGCGGGUCCAGUUCAUCCUGGGGACCGAGGAGGAUGAGGAGCACGUUCCCCACGACCUGUUCACCCAGCUGGAUGAGAUCUGCCUGAAGGGGGAUGAGGAUGCCGAGUGGAAGGAGACGGCGCGGUGGCUGAAGUUCGAGGAGGACGUGGAGGACGGUGGCGAGCGCUGGAGCAAGCCCUACGUGGCCACGCUGUCCCUGCACAGCCUCUUCGAGCUGCGGAGCUGCAUCCUCAACGGGACGGUGCUGCUGGACAUCUGUGCCAACAGCAUCGAGGAGAUCGCAGACAUGAUCCUGACCCAGCAAGAACCGUCCGCAGACUUCGACCAGCGCACGCGGGCCAAGGUCCGUGAAGUCCUUCUGAAGAAGCAUCACCACCAGAACGAGAAGAAGAGGAACAACCUCCUCCCCAUCGUCCGCUCCUUUGCCGACGUGAGCAAGAGGCAGCCGGACCUGCACGUCCUCGACAAGCCAGCCCAAACACUCACCCCUCAUCCUUCUCCCAGCGCGGAAGCUAAAAAUGGGCUGAACCACGAGCCCAUCACGAUGGAUUUGAGCAAGGCGGAGCUGCACUUCAUGAAGAAGAUCCCCACUGGGGCUGAAGCGUCCAACGUGCUGGUGGGAGAGCUGGCUUUCCUCCAGCAGCCCGUGGUGGCCUUCGUGCGCCUGACGCCCGCUGUGCUGCUCCCGGCCAUGACCGAAGUCCCCGUCCCAACGAGGUUCCUGUUUGUUUUGCUCGGACCGGGGGGAAAAGCCCAUCGGUACCACGAGAUCGGCAGGUCCAUGGCCACGAUCAUGACAGACGAGGUUUUCCACGACGUUGCCUACAAAGCCAAGGACCGGGCGGACCUGGUGGCCGGGAUUGAUGAGUUCCUGGACCAGGUGACGGUUCUGCCCCCGGGAGAGUGGGACCCGUCCAUCCGCAUCGAGCCCCCCAAAAACCUCCCGUCGCAGGAAAAAAGGAAGAUGCGGGGAGUGCUCGGUGACAGCGACUCUCACAGCAAGCCGGAGAAGCACAGCGGCCCCGAGCUGGAGCGGACGGGAAGGCUCUUUGGAGGGUUGAUCCUGGACGUGAAGCGCAAAGCCCCGUGGUUCUGGAGCGACUUUCGGGACGGGCUGAGCCUGCAGUGCCUGGCGUCCUUCCUCUUCCUCUACUGCGCCUGCAUGUCGCCUGUCAUCACCUUCGGGGGGCUGCUGGGGGAGGCCACCAACGGCCACAUAAGCGCCAUGGAGUCGCUGCUGGGCGCGUCCAUGACCGGCGUCGUCUAUUCGCUCUUCGCCGGCCAACCCCUCACCAUCCUCGGCAGCACCGGCCCCGUCCUCGUCUUCGAGAAGAUCCUCUACAAGUUCUGCAAGGAGUACGCGCUGUCCUACCUGUCGCUGCGGGCGUGCAUCGGGCUCUGGACCGCCUUCUUCUGCGUGGUGCUGGUGGCCACGGACGCCAGCUGCCUGGUGUGCUACAUCACCCGCUUCACCGAGGAGGCCUUCGCCGCCCUCAUCUGCAUGAUCUUCAUAUACGAGUCCCUGGAGAAGCUGGUCCGCCUGGGCGAGGCCUUCCCGGUGCACAAGCACAGCAAGCUCAACUUCCUCACCCUCUACUACUGCAGGUGCUCGCCGCCAACCAUCACCAACGAAACGCUGCGUUACUGGGAGAGCAUCCGCAUCAACGCGUCCAGGGUCCCCUGGGAGAAGCUCACGGUGGCUGACUGUCGGUAUUUGCGUGGAGAGUUUUACGGAACCUCCUGUGGACACAAUGGCCCCUACGCGCCCAACGUCCUCUUCUGGUGCUGCAUCCUCUUCUUCUCCACCUUCAUCCUGUCGGGCUUAUUGAAGAAGUUUAAAACCAGCCGUUACUUCCCGACCAGGAUCCGGUCCACAAUAAGCGACUUUGCUGUUUUCCUGACCAUCGUCAUCAUGGUGCUCAUCGACUUCUCGAUGGGGAUCCCAUCACCAAAGCUCCACGUCCCCUCCGUGUUCAAGCCAACUAGAGACGACCGCGGGUGGAUCAUCAACCCCUUGGGACCCAACCCAUGGUGGACGGUGUUGGCCGCGUUCGUCCCUGCUCUGCUCUGCACCAUCUUGGUCUUCAUGGACCAGCAGAUCACGGCCGUCAUCAUCAACAGGAAGGAGCACAAGCUGAAGAAAGGCUGCGGGUACCACCUGGACCUGUUCAUGGUGGCGGUGAUGCUGGGCGUGUGCUCCGUCAUGGGGCUGCCCUGGUUCGUGGCCGCCACCGUCCUCUCCAUCACCCACGUCAACAGCCUCAAAGUGGAGUCGGACAGCUCGGCGCCGGGGGAACAGCCCAAAUUUUUGGGGAUCCGAGAGCAGAGAGUCACCGGCUUGAUGAUCUUUGUGCUCAUGGGCUGCUCCGUCUUCCUCACUUCGAUUUUAAAGUAUAUACCGAUGCCUGUGCUUUACGGCGUCUUUCUCUACAUGGGGGUGUCAUCGCUCAAAGGGAUUCAGUUCUUCGACCGGCUGAAGCUGUUUGGGAUGCCGGCCAAGCACCAGCCGGACUUCAUCUACCUGCGGCACGUGCCCCUGCGCAAGGUGCAUCUGUUCACGCUGAUCCAGCUGCUCUGCCUGGUCCUGCUCUGGGUCAUCAAGGUGUCCCGCGCCGCCAUCGUCUUCCCCAUGAUGGUCCUGGCGCUCGUUUUUGUGCGGAAGAUGAUGGACGUCUGCUUCUCCAAGCGGGAGCUCAGCUUUCUGGACGACCUGAUGCCGGAGAGCAAGAAGAAGAAGCUGGACGAUGCCAAAAAGGAAGCCAAAGAGGAGGAGGAGUCCCAGAAGAUGAUGGAAGCUGCUGCCGCCAGUUCCGUUCAGCUGAAGCUGCGCAAGAACAACGUCUCGGCUCCCCCCCAGCAAAGCAGCCACAGGGCUGACCCUUCCGAGAUUAAUAUCUCGGAUGAGAUGUCGAAAACCACCGUGUGGAAGGCCCUGACCAUGGACUCGGGCACGGUCUGAAGCGGGGAGGAAGAGUUUCCAUAUUUAGGAAUUUUUGGCUUUGAAGGAGUGAGAAGGUGACUCAGGGAUGUGCCAAACGCAGACACGGGGAGAAGCCCCUUUCUUCUGUCUUUUGUUCCUUUCUUUCCGUUUGGAGGAUUCGCACUGAUGCCACGCGGCUGUGUUUGGGUGUGUUUGGGUGUGUUUGGGUGUGUCCGGGUGUGUCCGGGUGUUUUUGGUCCCUCCGGCUGUCUUUGGGCCCCGCACACCGAGGGCCGUUCCGAGGUUCCGUGAGGCGCCGCGGCCGCUUUCCCGUUCAGCGCUGCUUUUAAACACCGAAUUCCUCUUCUCUUUUCUUUCUUUUCGAAAUAUAAAGUCUGAAUGUACAAAGUAAUUCUGUUACAUUUGAUGCAUUCUCUGCUUUCCUCAUCACCACCCGGGUUUCGGUCUGUUUGGGGUCCUGCCUUUGAUUCACUCUUAUGUCCCGUAUUGUGUCAGAACACCCGAGCGGUUGGUGGAAAAUGGAAAGCACUUUGCUCCCUUUGAAGCUUCGUGUUCGCUGUUUCCAGAGCUAGAAUUCUUUCAUUAUCGUUUGUUGGUUUAAUUAAGCGAUAGCUGAGGUCUCGCUUAACAACGUGACUCUGGGCCACCUCAAAAAGCAGCCGUAACCCCCAGGGUGGCCGUGAAACCCCCGCGUCCACCAUCAACCCGUAUUUGGGGUGUUUCAGAGGUACGGUACACGACGGGGAGAACCCUCCCCGGGGUGUUCCUGGAGCCGCGUUGGGACUAAACCCGCUCUCCUUGGUGACCCGCGCUGCUCCGGUCGGCACAAAACCCCUUCCCGGCCCCGCGGGGCCAGGUCUGGGUGGUUUUCCUCAUUUUUGGUGCCUUAAACCAGCUCCCGAGUCUCCCGUGGGCCCUUCAGAAGACGUUUCCCAAAACCCAACGCGUGGAGAUCCCUGAGGGAGGGGGACAAAGAUGUGAAAUGUCGUAAUUAAGGUGCUGGCGCGUUUUUAUGUUAAUUAUUAUUUUAUUUCCCCCCCAGUGCGCUGCAGGUAGAAAUACAGAGAUUAUUUUCAUUUUGGAGAUGCCGAGAUGUAUUUAUUUUAUUGUAAGAGAUGAUCUAGUUUGGAAACGCUCCGUGUUGUAAAUAAAGUGGUGGGAGGGGGAGAAUCCACCAGGAGAGUUUGUUAUUUGUGACAUUGAAUCUCUGUGUGUUUGGGGCUGUGGGGUCUCGUGUGCUGUGGUUGGUUGGUUUGUUCUACGUGUGUUUCGGGUUGUGGGGUGUCUCGUGUGCUGUGGUUGGUUUGUUCUAUGUGUGUUUUGGGUUUUCUGUUCAAUUUUGGGUUCGUUCUGUGGAACCUGAUGUCUCCGUCUCGUGGUCCCGUCUGUUGCUGUUCCCCGGUGGGUUCCACCCCCAGUGUCCGUCUUUGCUUUGUCUCUUCUCGCCCAUUGAACAUAAUGGGAAAAUAACACAAUAAAAGUCUCAUUUGUCUGGC